GUUUGUGGGAUCUCAAUAUUUGAGCUUUGGAUGCAAUGUGGGUUGAAUUAGGGCAGUUCUAGACAAUGGCAUUGUUCCGCAAGUUCUUUUAUAAGAAGCCCCCUGAGGGGCUUCUAGAAAUCGCUGAAAGGGUUUAUGUCUUUGAUUACUGCUUUACCACGGAUGUUAUGGAGGAAAAUGAAUAUAAAGUGUAUAUGGGAGGGAUAAUUGGGCAACUUCGUGAUCAUUUUCCCGAUGCUUCAUUUAUGGUGUUCAACAUGAGGGAGGGAGAUAACCAAAGUGACAUUUCAAACAUUUUGUGUGACUAUGAUAUGACUGUGAUGGACUAUCCUCGACAGUAUGAAGGUUGCCCAUUAAUUACCAUGGAGAUGAUUCACCAUUUCUUGAGAUCAGGUGAAAACUGGCUUCAACUUGGGCAACAGAAUGUUGUUUUGAUGCAUUGCGAACGAGGUGGGUGGCCAGUUUUAGCAUUUAUGCUGGCUGCACUCUUGAUUUAUAGAAAGCUGUUUACUGGGGAGCAGAAAACACUAGACAUGAUAUACAAGCAAGCUCCUCGGGAACUUUUGCAGUUGAUGUCACCAUUGAAUCCACUACCUUCACAAUUGAGGUAUCUUCAGUAUAUAUCAAGGAGAAAUGUUGGUUCGGAAUGGCCUCCUCUAGACAGGGCACUUACACUGGACUGCGUAAUUAUAAGACUCAUUCCUAAUAUGGAUGGAGAGGGUGGUUGCCGUCCUAUAUUUAGGAUAUAUGGACAGGACCCGUUUAUUCCUGCUGACCGGUCUCCCAAACUUCUCUUUUCAACUCCAAAAAGGAGCAAACUUGUUCGGCAUUACAAGCAGGUGGUACUUGAGUCCUUUUACUUUAACAUAAUAUGCUUUUUACAGUUCAAGCUAGAUCAUGAUUCAAGACAAUGAUUGUCUCCCUUUUUUUUUGAUUUAUUGUUUUCCCCAUUUCCCUUAAUCUAUUUAUUUUUUGUUUCAUACUUGUUGCAGGCUGAUUGUGAACUGGUUAAGAUUGACAUCCAUUGUCAUGUUCAAGGUGAUGUUGUUCUUGAAUGCAUUAGUCUAGACAGUGAUUUGGAACGUGAACAAAUGAUGUUUCGGGUGAUGUUUAAUACAGCAUUCAUAAGAUCAAAUAUUUUGAUGCUUAACCGUGAUGAAAUUGACAUAUUAUGGAAUGCUAAAGAUCACUUCCCUAAAAAUUUUAGAGUAGAGGUCCUUUUCUCAGAUAUGGAAGCCUCGUCUUCUGUUAUUUCAAUUGAUUUGCCUCGUCUUGAGGAGAAAGAAGGCCUACCAGUUGAAGCAUUUGCUAAAGUUAAAGAAAUUUUCAGCCAUGUUGAUUGGCUAGAUUCAAAGACAGAGGUUGCAAAUGUGCUCCAACAGAUCACAGUAUCAAAUAUCCUUCUGGAAAAAUUGGACAGUGGGGUUUCUGCUGGAACAAGCAGCUUGCUAAAGGAGUCAUUGUCUGGAAGAUUGAAAUAUGAUUCAAAGACACAAAAUGAUAUGAAGAGUCCAACUUCUGCAGUUCAGGGGGGUGUUUCCUCAUUCGAAUCAUUUGGGGAUUCUUCUACAGAAAAGAAGCUAGAACCAUUAGAAUCAAAGGCAUUGCCAGAAAAUAACAUCAAGACUCCUACACAUUUAGGUCAGGGGAACCAACCAAUUUCCUCAAUUGGACUCUCAACAGAUUCAGAUUCUACUAAAAAGGAGACUGAAUCAUUAGAAUCGAAACAGUCCGUGGAAGAUGAUACUAAGUUUCCUACGUCCAUGGCUCAAGAGAAACAAUCCAUCCCCUUAAUUGAACCAUCCAUGGAUGCAAAUUCAAUGAAGACAAAGAUUGGACCAUUAGAAUCCAAGGAAAAGGAUACUGAAUCAUUAGAAUCAAAGGCACUGUUGGAAAAUAACACCAUGGGUCCUGCAUCCGUAGCUCAGGAUAAACAAGCUGUUCUCUUAAUUGAACCAUCCAAUGAUGCAAGUUCAAUGAAAAAGAAGAUUGGACUGUUAGAAUCUAAGGAAAAGGAAGUUGAAUCAUUAAAUUCAGAGGCAUUGCUGGAAAAUGAUAGAAGAUUUAAAUUUGAACCAAAGACACUACCAGAAUUUGAUGUAAAGAGUCCGACUUCUGCAGCUCAAGGGAAACUUUGUUUGUCCUUAUUUGAAUCAUCCGGGGAGGCUCCUAUGGAACAGAAGAUUGAAUCAUUAGAAUCAAAGGCACUUCCCCAAAAAAACAUCGAGACUCUUGCUCCCAUGCAGGAGAAACAACCUAUUCCCUCAUUUGGACUCUCAACAGAUUCAAACUCUACUAAAAUGCAGAUUGAAUCAUUAGAGUCAAAGACAUCGGUGGAUGAUACUAAGUUUCCUACAUCUAUGGUUCAGGAGAAACAAUCUAUUCCCUUACUUGAACCAUCCACGUAUGCAAAUUCAAUGAAAAAGAAGAUUGGCCAAUCAGAAUCAACUACACUGUCAGAAAAUGAUAUCAAUAGUCUCACAUCCACAGUUCAGAGGAAACAAUAUAGUCCCUUACUUGAGCCGUCCAUUGAUGCAAACUCAAUUCGAAAGAAGAUUGAACCUCAAGAAUUGCAAGUUUCUCUUCAGCUUCCCACCCAAUCUAAAAUAAUUUCUCCACGGGUACGUCAACCUAUUCGAUCUGCUUCAGCUUCUUAUUAUAACCCCUUGCAAGGUUCACCUGUAGCUGUCUCAAGAUAUCAUAGUACACCAUCAGCUCUUGGAAUAACAACUGUGUUGCAGGAUCAUGCACCAAUGGAUAUCAAAGAAGUCACUCAUGAAGUUACAAUAACCCCCAGUUCUUCUACUUUGCCUCCUUCAGAAUCAAAGGUGCCAAAAUCUGUAGAGCCUAGUUCUACAAGUGUUCCUCCAGCAUCAUCACCAGCAUUGGUUCCAUCUUCGCCAUUAAAAUCUUCAGUUAAUGCUCAUGUUUCCAUGGAGAAGACUUUUGGACCCUUUGCUCCUGCUCUUGUUGCUCCUUCGCCUCCACUUCCACCUCCUCAACAUGAGCCUAUUUCAACAUUGAUGCAAUCUAUUGAUACUAAUACAAUGCAUGAUAAAGGUCAGAAAUCAUUGGUUACUCCCCUUCCUUCACCCCUUCCUUCUGAGGCUAUCGAGAGCUGUCUUUCAAUGCCUGCCCCUCCAACUUCAGCUCUUUGUUCUCCAUCCUCUGCCACGAAUAGCUCAUCUUUAUCCCAUCCACCACCUUCUUCCCUUCCUAGAACAUCUCUCUCCACCAUCAAAGAUUCAUUUAAAGGUCCUCCUCCCCCACCUCCACCUCCAUCUUCAACUGGACAUACUUCAUCAUAUUCAAUACCUCCUCCCCCUCCUCCGCUUCCAUCUUCAACUGGACAGACUUCAUCAUCUUCAAUUCCUCCUCCUCCUCCACCAUCCGAAUUUCCUUCUUCAGCUUUCCUCACUUCCUCUUCUCCGUUGAGUUUGAACAAGUCUGCUGCUAUGCCUGGCCCUCCUCCUCCUCCUCCGCCUCCUAAGCAUUCUGGCACCGCACCUGGUUCUACACCUACACCAUUAGUGCCGCCACCACCCCCUCCUCCUGCUUCUGCAACCCAAAAUUCUUUGUCUAAGAGCUCUGGAAAUGUUCCACCUGUACCUCCACCUCCUUCCCCUUCUGCCAAUGGGUUAUCAAAACCUGGCACCACCUCACAGCAGUCUCAUGUUGGUGCUGGAAAUGGAAAUGUGCCUCCAAUUCCUGGACCACCUUCUGGUGUUCCAUUUGGUGCAAAGGGACGUGGUCUGUUGCGAACUAAUCCAAAAAGUCAGUCUCAGACUAAAAGGAGCAAUUUGAAACCUUACCAUUGGUUGAAAUUAACAAGGGCCAUGCAUGGAAGUUUAUGGGCUGAGACACAAAAACUUGAUGAAGCUUCUAGGGCUCCAGAGUUUGACAUGUCAGAACUUGAGAGUCUUUUCUCUGCAGCUACUCCAAAUUCUGAUCAUGGAAUAGGAGGAAAAUCAAACCGCCGCGCCUCAGGGCAAAAAGCUGACAAAGUUCAAUUGAUUGAGCUCAGGCGGGCGUAUAACUGUGAGAUUAUGCUUACAAAAGUCAAAAUCCCUUUGCCUGAUUUAAUGAGCUCUGUGCUUGCAUUGGACGAUUCAGUAUUAUUCGUUGAUCAAGUUGAGAACCUCAUAAAGUUCUGUCCAACCAAAGAAGAGAUAGAACUUCUCAAGAACUAUAAUGGAGAUAAGGAAAAUUUGGGAAGGUGUGAACAGUUCUUCUUAGAAUUAAUGAAAGUGCCAAGAGUGGAAAGCAAGCUAAGAGUUUUCUCUUUUAAGAUGCAAUUCUGCUCCCAGGUUUCAGAGCUUAGAAGGGACUUGAAUAUUGUAAAUUCUGCAUCCGAAGAGAUAAGGAAUUCAGUCAAGUUGAAAAGAAUCAUGCAGACCAUUCUUUCUCUGGGUAAUGCUUUGAACCAUGGAACUGCAAGAGGUUCUGCUAUUGGGUUCCGAUUGGAUAGUCUUCUUAAACUCACAGAUACACGAGCCAGAAACACCAAGAUGACUCUCAUGCACUAUCUUUGUAAGGUGCUUGCUGAAAAGCUUCCAGAACUUUUAGAUUUCCCCAAAGACCUAGUGAGUUUGGAGGCUUCAACCAAGAUACAAUUGAAAUAUUUGGCGGAGGAAAUGCAAGCUAUUAGUAAAGGACUGGAGAAAGUAGUUCAGGAAUUGACUGCAUCAGAGAAUGAUGGGCCUGUGUCAGAAAGCUUCUGUAAGAUUCUGAAGGAAUUUCUUAGUAAAGCUGAAGCUGAAGUAAGGUCUUUGGCUCAACUUUAUGCCAAUGUGGGUAGAAAUGCAGAUGCUUUGGCUCAAUAUUUUGGAGAAGAUCCUGCACGUUGCCCAUUUGAACAAGUUGUAUCUACUCUACUCAACUUUGUGAGGAUGUUCGUCCGAGCACAUGAAGAAAAUUGCAAGCAGCUUGAAUUAGAAAAAAAGAAAGCAGAGAAGGAAGCUGAAAAUGAGAAGUUGAAGCUAGCUGCUAAAAAGAAAUCUGAACCAAUGAUACGGACCACCAUCAAGAGUGGUAAUAUUAAAUGAUCAGAUUUUUUUUUAAGGCCUCAAGCUGCUAAAAAGAUGUUUCACAGUGAUAAAGUUGCCAUCUGGUCUGAUGAAAAGAAACACUUUCCAUGUGCAAAAUCAUUAUAUUGUGGAGGAUGACCCCCAAGAACUGAAGUUAUCUAAUGCAAGAAAUGUAAUGCUGGUGACAUAUAGUUGAGGAUUAUAUUCAUUUGAAGGAAAAAGCAGUUUUAUGGUGUUCAGUUCGGUGAGGCACGGUGAACUAUGUUGGGAUACAAAGUAUUAUAUGAUUUAGUUUUACUCUGCCAGUCCUAAAUUUGUUGUACUCAGCAAUAGCAAUGUAAAUGCUGAUCCAGUGAUACUUAUUUUCUACACAAGAUAGAGUAGUAUUUCAGUUUUCUUUCUUUUUUUAACUUCAGAGAACAUAGAGGCAUCUAUACUUGUU